GUGAAACAAAUACAGAGAGAGUAGGGACUUUAGAUAGCUUCUUUUACUUUUCUUCUCUUUAAUAUUCUUCUUCUUUUUUUUUGGGAGGGUCGGGGGUUUGACUGUAAAACCUUUCCAAACACGAUAUGUGAAAGAAGAAGAAGAAGAAGAAGAAGAAGAAGAAGGAAUUCGUAGAACAGAGGUCGUCAACUUUGCGGGAAAGAAUAAAAUUCUUUCAAAUUUUCCAAUUCGCUCUCUUUCCUAACAGAUGGUGAGAGCCUCAUAGUAUUUCAACAAAAAGUUUCUUGGAUGAAUCUGGUAUUUAAUAUUUAAUUUUCUGUCAAAGUGGGUGUUGGAAGCCUACUCUUUUGUUGAUCACGACCACAUAUCUGGACCAAGAUGACCAGUGGGUUGACUACUAAAGUUCGACUGGUUAGAUGCCCCAAAUGUCGUCAGGUUCUUCCAGAGUUGCCAGUCUAUACUCUAUUCAAGUGCGGUGGAUGUGACACAAUUCUCCAAGCAAAAAAUCGAAAAAAUCAUGUGAAAAGCAGGGAAAUUGGCUUACAUGAAACAGAUGCUACUCAGACUAAUGCAUUGGGUAUUGUUACUGAAGAUGAUGUGAAAAGCAGGGAAAUUGGCUUACAUGAAACAGAUGCUGCUCAGACUAAUGCAUUGGGUAUUGUUACUGAAGAUAAAGAAUCUAGCUACUCUAGUCACAAAGAUAUUCUUCCUUCCUCGGGUGAAUGUUCUUCGGACCAAAACAAUGAGAGGGAUCAAAGACAAUCUGGGGAUGGCAAUAGUGAGCAGCUUGGGGUUUCCGAGGAAGUGCGUUUGUCAGCUGAGCUUGUUCCUCGUGGGAAUGAAGAGUCAUCACCAACGGCAGGAGCAAAUUCAGAAGUAAAGGAAAAUGGUGAGGGCUUACCAUUGGCCGGAGAAAACUUAGAAGUAGGUAUCAAUGAAGGUGAUUCUAAUUUCAGAAGCUUGAAUACUGACAAUAUAGUGGCUACAACGGGGAGUACUUCUAUUGUUACUCAUCACGAGCCAGCAAGGGAAAGCAUUUCACCAGAAACCCUUAAAUCUUCUCCUAAUGAACAGUUAGAGCAACCUCAGAAAAAUUAUCGUGUAUUUGACCGGGUAAGGUCCACAGAUACGAUAGAAACCGCAGAGUUUGCCAAUCCCAGCUCUGAGCUCAGCGGUAGAUUUGGAGAGAUGUCUAAAUCCCCAACAACAAGAAGUUACUAUGCCUAUGAGGGCAGUGUAUCUUCUUAUGAUGGGACGGAUGACCAAUUCCCUGAACAUCAGAUGCGUUCAUCUAGGCGUAAUGAUAAGGUUGCAAACUCCAUUCUUUCUGAAGAAAGGCAAAAAAAGGACAAAUUUCUGCUGAACAGCAUGAUGGACCGGAAGCAUCUUGUCAGUAAAGUAGUUUUGUCACCCACUAAGAAGUAUUCAGCCAAUAAACGCAACAAAAUGCAUCAAGAUGAAUUGCUGGAACCCACAACCCAUGGCCGCCCAGAAAGAAACUGGAGGAGACACGAGAGAGACAAUUAUCCAUCUAGGGUGCCUUUCUAUGGAAUGGGUUCCCUUGCUGGCUAUGAAGAUGUUGGACCUUCAAAUCAAGUGCAUAAUCAGUUCCACCGCAAUACAAGCUUUCAAUCAUCAGACAGGUCUGAUUACCUUGAACAGGACAAGACGAAAUUGCUGCAAAUUGUUUCUGAAUUGCAGGAUGAAAUUAACAAAAGAUGCUAUCUGAAUGGAAGGGUUUCCACUUGGGAGGAAAAGCAUAUUCCAGCUUACUAUGAUCAUGAGGCACCUGAGGGGGCAUUUCGCAAUGACUUAAUUAAUCCUAGGUUUCCUGGAAGAGGCAGGCCGGGAAGCAGCUGGCUCCAGCAGCACAAUUUCUCGCACAUACCUUUCUCAGGGGAGACAACAUGCAGUAGACAUGAAGCUCAUCACUCUUGUCUCCAUUGCCAUCUCCAGGACUGGCAGUGCUCAGCACAGUUGCCUCCUCCGUCCACCCUUUUCCAUAAUAAAGGGUUAUGCAGGCUCCAUGCUGGUAACAAUUUUUACAACUCUUUGCCUUCAAGUCCCCAACGGUAUGUGAACUCUGAGUUCCCCAUACACACUCACGAAACAAAGUCUGAAGAGCAGAGGCAUAAAGACCAUGAGGUGAAGAAAUAUCAUUUGGCUAAGCGACAUUUCCGACCUAUAGCAGGUGGUGCCCCUUUCAUAACUUGCUAUAAUUGCUCCAGCCCACUGCAGCUACCUGCAGAUUUUCUUCUCUUUAGAAAGAGAUUUCAUCAGCUAAGGUGCGGUGCUUGUUCAGAGCUGCUCAAGUUUUCACUUCAGAACAGAACCCAUUUAGUUCCAUUUGCACCCAUUGCCAUGGACCCUCCACCAAGUGAGGUCGAUGACUAUAGUGAUGCUAUUAAUGGGAGGUUGGUCUCAGCAUCUCACGUCAAUGCCUCUCCAUAUGCGGAUCCUGUGUCAUGUUCUGAUGAUUACGGGCUCUCCUACUCCACUGAAGGAGAUCCUCUUCCCUCGUUUUUCCAUGCCCUCCAAGGCAAUGUAGCUGAAACAAACAUGUCGUCCGAUCCUUUCAAGCCUGUGGGUGCGAGACAGGAGUCUGUUUUGAAGCAGUCCCAUAACAAACAUAAGAAUUUCGUGGGAAGGUAUGAAUCAGCUGGACCUUCCUCCAAUUCGUCCAAUGCAGAGAUACCAUCCUCCUCAGAAAUUGAGCCUAGAUCAAGCUCCCCACUUCAUCGGCUCAUGGGUUAUUCUUCACCGAGCCAGGUCAUAAAUGGGCUUGGGCCUUCUGGCACAGGAGCAAGGUCAAUGAGAUGAGGGAUGUUGCGACAGUUGUGGGGAAUACGCUAAAAAUGGAAACAGUAUUGUAGUACCCAUUUCUUGGAGGGUGAAGCAUUGAGGAGUCUGAGGUUGAUUUGUUUUCUCACUACGUGUUACUUGGUGAUUUAAUAUGAAAGAAGAUUCAUAGAUUCAUCCCUUUGCUCUGAAAGUAUAUAGAAAUAGAAACCAACGGUUUUGAUUGUUGUAUAUGUAGAUAUUUACACAGAUUUCUAUUUAAAUUUGUUUAUUUGUGUAUAUUAUAGAUUUAUAGUUGACCGUGUGUAAUGAGUGUUCAAACUUCUUAUCUCUAUUCAGUGUUUGAUUUUCGAUUAUCAUAUCACAGAGAGAUACGUGACAUUGAUUCUGGUACAAAUAAGGUA